AUGGAAUCAGUACAGGGGAACGGCACCAGGGUGCCCCCGAUUGCCGACAACUUGCUUCUGCGGCAGCUAACAGAGACUCAUGUUCCAUUCACGGAGCAACAGCGAAUCACGAGCCGAGCUCUCUUCGACAAGCAGAAACUGGAAGAUAAAGUGGCAAAGCUCAAGCUGAACUUCAAGCACAAGGACCGUGGCUUAGUCAUGGCAGAAAGAGUACGCGAUAUGGAGGUCCAGGAUAUAUUCGACAAACUUGAAAAGACUCGUCGUAGAGUCGAAGAAGCCAACAAUGUCAUCAACAAGCUCUUGCAGGAAAAAGGCACCGGGAUGGAAGGCACGAUUCUGUCUCAGGCUAGGUCAACAUCUGUCGUACGGUCAGCCAUUUGCAGCCGCAGACCGUAUGUCUGUGUGAUAAUUGAUGGAGAUGCGAACCAUUUUCUCCCGGAACUAUUCAGAGCAGGGGGUCAUGGGGGCGAAGCAGCCGCCGAAAGGCUCAAACAAGAGAUCUCCAAAUUCAUCACAGAACGGACGUACAUUCCGCGCAGUUCUACGAUCAAGGUACAAGUCUUCAUGAAUCGUUCAGGCUUCGUGAAUACCGUCUACGGCUUGGAUCACACACCGAGAGAGCUCAUCAACUCUUGCCUAGAUCGUUUUUUCCAGUCUCAGCCGCUGUGGGACUUGGUUGACACUGGGGGCCGGCAGGAGUCAGCCGACACAAAGAUCAAAGCAAAUUUCAGGUUUUUUGUUGACGACUCCGAUUGUUCUGCAAUGAUCAUGGGCAUUUGCUCUGAUAACGGGUAUGUACAGUUACUGCAGGAAUUUCAAGGCGAUCCAGAAAAGAUGUCCAAGGUAGUACUACUGACAUCCUGCAACACCAUCGUCAACAUCCAAUGCCUUACGUAUGCUAUUGUGCGAUGGCCUACCGUUUUUCGCUCUACACAAAUUUCAAACAAAUUCUCCUACGGAAUGGCUGGUCCUGAAACCAAAGGCAUAACGCCUUUAGAAGAUAUUGUCCGUUCCGCAAGUCGCAGUAUCUCUGUGGCGAGCGGAGGAAAAGUGCUCGAACCACCAUCUGGCCCGGAGCUUCGCAAAUAUCCGAGCGCACGUCGACCAAGUGUUCCUGACAGGUUGUCUCUGUUACCGGGUAGCUCCUCCGUCAUCUCGGCUUCGUUCUCGAAAACUGCUAUAACUCGGGUGCCCAAUGAGCAGCAGCGGCGGAAACGGCAACGACCUGGGCGGUGGCAGCGGCACGAGCGCGAUAUCAAAAAUGAAUAUCGUCUAGACGUAGCAACCGAGAGAGGUAGCCAGCAGGUACCUGCUGAAGCGAUUGACCCUUUUUUACAAGUCCAGUCAAGCACAGACUCGUCGGAGGAUCCAGAUUGCCAGUUAGUCCAUGUUUUUGACUUGCCCAAGGGACCUCUGCAGGGAGCGGUCGCAAAUCCUAGCUGUUUCAGGAGGAGUCUGUUCACUCCAGCAAAGGGCAUUCUACCCUGUACUGGAUCUGUGAUGAGGGUGAUAUCCGCUGGCAUGAGAAUCCAGCCGGCGCUACGCCCGUUAGCAUCCAACAACCACAUACCCGCUCUGAACAAAACGUCGGUAAAGGGAGAAGAACAUCGCCUACUCCCAAGCGCUUCAACAUCUUCUGGCUCCGACAAAGCCCUAUCCGCUCUUAAAGAUCCAUUCAUUCACGUACCCAUGCCGAACCGUGCCCAGGAGGCACGAUACGACCCUGAUCGCUUCCUCUACCAGCAAUCUGCACGUUAUCUUGCUUACACCCACCAAUACCUCCAGGCCAUCGUCUCUCACGCAAGAAAAAACUAUCACACCACCACCAAAGCCGCGCGACGCCAGCUCCGCCCACUCAUCGAGAUUGCCGAGCUCAUGCUAACCCGGCUAUGGCUCGCGCAAGAGAUUCAAAGGCUAGAAGACCAGGCUAUCGAAAGACAGAUCCGCUGCUCCCAGCCUUCGACAUUCCGUUGCGGUGACGCAUGGGGCAAUGACUGGUAUAUGUAUUGUUCUCUGUCCAGGGCUUUAGGCCACAAGAUCAAGUCGGCGCUGACGAGACAGUACAACUCUACCGCGAAGAGUCGUCUGGGGAAGAUGGAUUGGGUUGUACUGGCUGACGGGAGCGCUUGGAAGGCCGAGUGCAGCACUAUCAAUGCCACCGUGCCGCGUCUCAAGGCUUUGAGCGAGGGCUGA